CUCGGCCGUUGCUUUCCCCGCGCUCGGACCGUUUCCCCAGACCACAACAACUGCACGAUCCCCACGUUGCAUCACUCAAGAAACGUACGAGAGUAUUCUCCAAAAAUGAGUGCGAGUCGUCUUGCAUCUCUCAGAGCAACAGCUCUGUGGAGCAGCUAUAGGCCUCACAUCACGCCAUUGCAUGUUUUCAAGAGUGGUGCCUUGGCUAAUGGGUCCCGAAACUUAGCUCCCCUCGCUCGAAGCGCUAGCUCGCCAUAUAACGUGAGCAAGCGUCUUCUGUCGGAUGCUACUCCGCUGGAAGGCACUCCUCAAGAUACGAAUGCUAAAAGUGAUCCAUUUGAGGCCAAGAACACCCAAUUGGCUUAUCACGCAGCUUUGAGGAACGGCAAUGUCGUUGUCAGAACUGAUGGUAAGAAUGAGGCGGCGCCCUUCUGGCAAUUUGGAUCUCUAUAUCUCAGAGAAAAUUGCCAGUGCCCAAAGUGCAUUCAUCCGGACACAAGGCAACGGAUUGUCAACACAUUCUCGCUCCCGCCCCGUGUCAAACCCGAGGAGGUUCAGAGAACGGAUAGUAAUGACGUCCACAUCAAAUGGAGCGAUGGACAUGAGAGCACCUACUCCUGGAAGUGGCUUUCGGCGCACAGGGGCAAUAAUAAACCAACAAUUCAAUCACGGACAGUACAGCCAAACAGACUCCCUCGGUCUUUCAAGGUGUAUGAUCCUCAAAAGGGUGAUCCGUAUCCCGAGGUAGUGUAUGAAGACGUGAUGUCUAAGGAUACGGCAGUGUUGGAAUGGUUGGAUAACAUCUGGACAUGGGGCUUUUGCUUCGUGAAAGGUGUUCCUGUCAACCCUGAAUCAACGAAAACUUUGAUCGAGAGAAUCGCCUUCAUCCGACACACGCAUUACGGUGGUUUCUGGGAUUUCACUGCGGACCUUACCUACAAGGAUACAGCAUAUACGAACGAGUGGCUCGGCGCGCACACGGAUAACACCUACUUCACCGAUCCCGCAAGGCUACAGCUUUUCCAUCUGCUCUCUCAUACAGAUGGAGACGGUGGAAAGAGCUUACUCGUGGAUGGCUUUGCGGCUGCCAAAACGCUAGCCAAACAGAACCCAGGCUUUUACAAUACCUUGACUAACUCUCGGCACCCAUGGCAUGCAAGCGGCAAUGAGGAUGUCUGCAUUCAACCGUCUGCCAUGGAACCUGUCCUCAACGUUCAUCCCGAUACCAAGGCCGUUUACCAAGUUCGUUGGAACAACUAUGACCGUGCACCAAAGACCAACUGGCACACAUCGGAGCAAAGGGAGUGGUACGUGGCAGCACGAGCCUACAACAACCUGUUGACCAAGUCAUCACAUGAGAUUUGGACACAAUUACAGCCAGGAACAGCACUGAUCUUUGAUAAUUGGCGAAUGUUGCACGGCCGCUCCGAGUUCACUGGCAAACGCCGCAUGUGCGGCGGCUACGUCAACAAUGAUGAUUUCGUCUCACGCUUACGUCUUUUGAAAUUUGGCCGCCAGAGUGUCUUAGACAACCUUGGAAACACUGACGGCUGGAGGAGUCCUGAUAACCCUUACUCUAUUUAUUAGAUCGAAAGCUGAAGGCUCUAAAGUGCUUCUGUUCUAUAUUGUACAGACACACUGUUCACUCCUGCUUUCACAGUCCUGAGAUAAUCUCAGUUGGUCUACUGUACCUGUCCUUAGAUAUAGCGCUCUGAAAGGUGACAUAAAGUUUCUUUAUAAUAAGUUUUCCAAA